UUGUUUGACUACGAGGCAGAGGAGAUGUUUGUGUGACUAAGGGGCCGAGGAGAUGUUUGUGUGACUAAGGGGUAGAGGAGAGGUUUGUUUGACUAAGGGGCAGAGGAGAUGUUUGUGUGACUAAGGGAAAGAGGAGAUUUUUGUGUGACUAAGGGGCAGAGAAGAUGUUUGUGUGACUAAGGGGCAGAGGAGACAUUUGUGUGACUAAGGAAGUUAAAUAUGUUUUUUUAAGUAUCUCUUGCUUUAAGAAAUGGACAAGCAUCUCCCCAAUUGAAAAGUAAUGCCACACAAAUGGACUCUCCUUUGGUGUCUUAGUUAUGCCAUGAAAUUAAUCACUAGUUGCUUCAUUAUAAAGCAUGCAAUAUUAUCCAGAUGCUCUUUAGUUUAAACGGUAGAUUAAUAUAAAUUCUCCUUGUUGAUUUACUGUUACACAGCUUUACUAAAGUUGACAAACUAGCAGGAUCCAAUUUACACAGAUUUCAAAAAAGUACACAGAGAUUUUUUAUAUAGACUAUAAACAUGCAUUUGAUCGGCCGGUCAUUGUUACAGUAUGUUGACUUAAAUUAAACAACAAUAACCCUUUCACCCCUAUGUAGCUUUAGUAGAUCAAGACUCUACCCUGCAUUGAUCUGAAUGAGUCCAUUUUGGUCUACAGUGGUGAAAGGGAUAAUGGAUAGAUCGAACGUGUACCUAUGUAGUCAUGAUUAUGGUGAACACAGUGUAUUUAAUUACUAAGGUUAAUGAGAGAUGCCAAGUGCAUUUAUACUUCAUAUGUACUUGUGUCUGUAAAUUUUUGUUCCAUCUGAUUAAAACCAUAACUUGAUCUAUGCUCCAUUUCAUACACUACACUCUGCUACAUCAGCGAAACAGAGCGUAUAUCAAGGUACAGAGCGUAUAUCAAGGUACAGAGCGUAUAUAUCAAGGAACAGAGCGUAUAUCAAGGUACAGAGCGUAUAUCAAGGUACAGAGCGUAUAUCAAGGAACAGAGCGUAUAUCAAGGUACAGAGCGUAUAUCAAGGAACAGAGCGUAUAUCAAGGUACAGCGUAUAUCAAGGUACAGAGCGUAUAUCAAGGUACAGAGCGUAUAUCAAGGUACAGAGCGUAUAUCAAGGUACAGAGGGUAUAUCAAGGUACAGAGCGUAUAUCAAGGUACAGAGGGUAUAUCAAGGAACAGAGCGUAUAUCAAGGUACAGAGGGUAUAUCAAGGAACAGAGCGUAUAUCAAGGUACAGAGCGUAUAUCAAGGUACAGAGCGUAUAUCAAGGUACAGAGCAUAUAUCAAGGUACAGAGCGUAUAUCAAGGUACAGAGCAUAUAUCAAGGUACAGAGGGUAUAUCAAGGUACAGAGCGUAUAUCAAGGUAGAGCGUAUAUCAAGGUACAGAGGGUAUAUCAAGGUACAGAGCAUAUAUCAAGGUACAGAGCGUAUAUCGAGGUAAAGAGCGUAUAUCGAGGAACAGAGCGUAUAUCGAGGUACAGAGCGUAUAUCAAGGUACAGAGCGUAUAUCAAGGUACAGCGUAUGUCAAGGUAGAGCGUAUAUCAAGGUACAGAGGGUAUAUCAAGGUACAGAGCAUAUAUCAAGGUACAGAGCGUAUAUCAAGGUACAGAGCGUAUAUCAAGGUACAGAGCAUAUAUCAAGAUACGGUUUUAUCAGAUAGAUCAUGUCUUGGGGUUUUUUUCAUGGAAAAAUGUUAUUGUGAAUAUUGGAUUGAAGAUUUAAAUCUACAUGAAAAUAAAGAAUUUUACAGAAUAUAUAGUAAUUUGCUCAACAUUUGAAAGUGUCUUUAAUCAAUAAAUUUACCUCAUUG